ACUACCUACACUACCUACACUACCACGGCACACCCUUUCAGUCUAUUACCAAACAUGGCUUCCCCAAUCCAAGACAACUUCGUCAAGAAGAACGCAGAGUAUGCUAGCAAAUUCACCCAAGGUGACCUAGCUCUCCCACCUGCCAAGCAGUACCUAAUCUUAACCUGCAUGGACGCGCGCAUCGACCCAGCAGCCGCCUUCGGCAUCGACCUCGGCGACGCGCACGUCAUCCGCAACGCCGGCGCCAGCGCCCGCGACGGCCAGCGCUCCAUCAUCAUCUCGGAGCAGCUGCUCGGCACCAAGGAGAUCAUCCUCGUCAAGCACACCGGCUGCGGCAUGCUGACCUUCACCAACGACGACGCGCACGGCCUCGUCACGAAGAAUCUCGGGCCCGGCGCCGCGGCGGAGAUCGCGACGCUGGAUUUUCUGACGAUCAGGAACUUGGAGGACGCUGUGAGGGAGGAUGUGGAGUACUUGAAGAAGAGCGCGACGGUGCCGGACUAUGUGACGAUUAGCGGGUGGAUUUACGAGGUUGAGACGGGGAAGGUGAGGAAUGUGGUAUAGGUAUAGGACUUGUAGCGCAGUGCAUUGUUUUUGAUUUUAUUUUUAUUUUUAUGUUAUAAUAUACCAACAUUGCGUGUUUCGGCUUGACAAUUGGAUGGAGAGGUGAUAGUCCUGGAGUCCUUGCACAUGUCCAAACGCGCCCUUUGAGUUGGCGAUGACGCGAGAGCUACUACGCAGCAAUCAAUCGGCACUAAUGCGUUUUAGAUCUUGAAAUCAAGAUAUCCGAUAGUUACUAGGCAUGUACCUGUGU